GCAGCCAGACAGAUCUCUCCAUAACUCUGCAGGGUAGUCCGGGCAACCAGCUGCUCAGCCUGUCAGCAUCUGGUACUACAGUCUGCGCUCAAUAUCAGGAGCCAUGGCAGUGAGAAGAGCCCUGGUUGUAUUGGCCCAUGAGGAGAAGACUUCAUUCAACUUUGCCAUGAAGGAGGCUGCCGUAGAGGCUCUGAAGAAGCAAGGUUGGGAAGUAACUGAAUCCGACCUCUAUGCUAUGAACUUUAACCCCAUCGUUUCCAGAAAGGACAUCACAGGUAAGCCGAAGGACCCCGAAAACUUUCAGUACUCUUCAGAGACAGCUCUAGCCUAUAAGGAAGGCCGCCUGAGCCCAGACAUUGUGGCUGAACAGAAAAAGCUGGAAGCUGCAGACCUCGUGAUAUUUCAGUUCCCCAUGUAUUGGUUUGGAAUGCCUGCCAUUCUGAAAGGCUGGUUUGAUCGAGUGCUUGUGGCAGGAUUCGCCUACACAUAUGCUACCAUGUAUGACAACGGUCCUUUCCAGAAUAAGAAGGCCUUGCUUUCCUUCACCACUGGGAGUAGCAGCUCCAUGUUCUCUCUUCAGGGUAUCAACGGGGACAUAAACAUCACCCUCUGGCCACUUCAGAAUGGCAUCCUGCAUUUCUGUGGCUUCCAGGUCUUGGAACCACAACUGGCGUAUGGCGUUGGCCACACCCCACCAGAUGCUCGGAGGCAGAUCCUGGAAGGAUGGAAGAAGCGCCUGGAGACUAUCUGGGAGGAGAAGCCACUCUACUUUCCUCCAAGCAGCAUGUUUGACCUCAACUUCCAGGCAGGAUUCUUACUGAAAAAAGAGGUUCAAGAGGAGCAGGAAAAGAACAAAUUUGGCCUUUCUGUGGGCCAUCACUUGGGCAAAUCCAUUCCAACUGACAACCAGAUCAAAGCUGGAAAAUAAGACUUUUUUCCCCCCUAAUAUGUAAGUUUAACCCAGUUAUCUUUUUUUAUAGCUUGCCUGGCUUUUGCUUUCCCCUUUAUUCCACAAGGAUAGGAAAAGAAGUAGGCUCACUUCAUAAUGUUCUUGAAUAGUUCUGUCAGUGAGUGUAUGUACUAUUACCUAAAUCAAAUUAGGUGCCACAGGUCGCUUGAUAUUUGGCGGUGGGGUUGUAUGGGAGCUGGAAGAUACUUUUCUAGGUCAUCUACACAAUAUAAACCCUUUCUUAGGGCUAGCCCUGGCCACAGGGUAUCCGACUCUCCAGAGAUUUGUUUCUUUUAAUCAACUCUCCGUGGUUUAGGACAGAGGGGAAUUGCUCAAAGAAAACAAAGGCUGAGGAAGCUACUUGCUUAGGACUUAGUGAGCUGAAGGUGUUUACAGUGCAGCCCGGUUUCAAUGACUGUGCAGUGAUUGAGGUGCCUCCCGGGGGAUUUCUCUCCAGCUCGCCUCUGUCUUGUACACAGCACACACAGGUCCUAGGAAAGGAUCACUGAAACAGGUCUCUGUCCCAUGUUUCCACCUUUUUUUUUUUCAGAAGUAAAUGAAAACACACAAGGACAUGGUGGUACAUGCCUUUAAUCUCUUAAAUACUUAAAAAUAAUAGCCCCCUACUGAGCUGGAGAGUUGGCUGCUCUUGCCCAGGACCUGGGUUCAGCUUCCAGCUGGCUGACACCUAUAUGGAAGCUAAAAGCUGUUUCUAUCUCCAGUUCUAAGGAUCCAAUGCUCUCUUCUGGCUUCUGCAGGCACCAAAUGCACACAGUGCACAGACAUACAUGCAAAUAAAACAUCGAUGCACAUAAAAUAAGUCCUAAAUGCCAAAACAAAACAAAAAACUGUAGCCUUCCACCAAAAUAAA